ACACCCAGCUGAAGUAAAGGCCAGCAGCGUUUACUGCACUGAUGUGUGGAAGUUAUUGAAGGCUGCUGUGUUGUCGCAUCGUAGACAAAUAUUUCAGCUGCUGGAGUCGCGAUGUCUUCGGUUCUGUAUCUGAGAGAGUUGAUCAGCGAGCGACUAACUGCUGCCGCUGAAGAAAUAUUCACGGAGUUUGAAAAAAUAGUCGUCCAGUACGAGGAAGAGAUCGACCGUCAGCGCAGACUGCUGGAUGUGUCCUGGAAACCCGACAUAAAGAUACGCACAGUAGACCUUCCACAUCAGCAUGUCUCUGCAGAAGAGGGGGUUCUCUCUGACCAACAGCGCUUCAUCCGGGAGAGGAACUCUGGUCUCAACCGGGAAGACCCACAGCUUCCACAGAUUAAAGAAGAACAGGAAGACCUCUGCACCAGUCAUGAAGGAGAACCAAUUAUACUGAAAGAGGAGAGUGACGUCUUUAUGGUGACUCCUACUUAUGAGGACAGUGACCACAGCGAACCAGAACCAAACAGUGACCAGCUCCUCUCUCAUUACUCUCCUUUAGCUGAGAGCCCAGAUCAAGAAGGAAGCAAGCAUGCAGACUCGGGAUCAAGUGGGAAUGCAGAGCCGAAGCUGAAGUCUGUAAAAUGUGAUGUUUGUGGAAAAUGCUUUAAGUAUAAGUACCAAAUGGAGAGACAUCACAAUAUCCACACAGGUGAGAAGCCGUAUGCUUGUAACUAUUGCGGGAAAAGAUUCUAUCAGAUUCAUUUUAUGAAAUAUCACGAAAGAAUCCACACAGGUGAAGGGUCAUAUUCGUGCAAGACGUGCGGGAAAAGUUUCAGUUUUAGUUCGCAGCUGAAACUCCACAUGAGAAUCCACACAGGUGAGAAGCCGUAUUGUUGUUCAACAUGUGGGAAAAGUUUCAGCUUUAGCUCUCAGCUGAAAGCCCAUAUGAGAAUCCACACAGGUGAGAGGCCGUACUCUUGUGAAAGAUGUGGGAAAAGAUUCAGAUUUAGCGAUAAAUUGUUGGUGCACAUGAGAAUCCACACGGGUGAGAGGCCUUUUCCCUGCGACAUCUGUGGGGAAAGAUUUAUAGACUCGUCAGCACUAAGAAAUCACCUAAGAACGCAUAAAGGUGAUAAGUCGUCGUCCCGAAACGUCAGUGGGAGCCAAGCUUGUGUGACACCAGGCGGGAAUAAACAAUCCUUCAGCAGCGUUAGUUUUACUGAUGUGUGGACUGAGUUGGAAGAAGGUUGUGUUGUCUUGUCUCAGAAGAAUAUUUCAUCACUUGAAGUAACGAUGAGUUCAGUUCACAAUCUGAGAGAGUUCAUCAGCGAGCGACUAACUGCUGCUGCUGAAGAAAUAUUCUCAGAGUUUGAAAAAACCAUCGUCCAGUACAAGGAAGAGAUCGAUCGUCAGCGCAGACUGCUGGAUGUCAUCUGGAAACCACAGAUAACGUUACACAGGACAGAACUCACACAGCAAGAUGUCUAUAUGGAGGAGAAGGUUCUCACUGAUCAGCAGCUCUGUAACCAGGAGAGGAAUUUCAGUCCGGACCAGGUGGACCCAGAACCUUCACAGAUCAAAGAGGAACAGGAGGAGCUAUGCACCAGUCUGGACCAGUUAGACCCAGAACCUCAGCAGAUGAAAGAAGAGCAGGAGAAAUUCUGCAUCAGUCAGGAAGAAGAGCAGCUUGUACUGCAACAGGAGACUGAUACCUUCAUGGUGACUACUACCUUUGACGAAAGUGUCCACAGUGAAGUAAAACCAAACAGUGACCUGCUCCUCUGUCACAACUCUCCUAUAGCUGAGAGCCCAGAUCAUGAAGGGAGUAACCAUGUAGACUCAAAAUUAACUAGUGAAGAGCCUAAGCCAGAGAAGGGACACCAGAGAAACAGAAGUCACAGUAGCAAUGUAGAAAACUCUUCCGUGUCUGACAGCCACUGUUAUACUAACACGGGGAAGUCUAUAGAAUAUGAUGUUUGUGGAAAAGCCUUUAAGGAAGAUUAUCAAAUGAAGAAACAUCACAGAAUCCACACAGGUGAGAAGGCAUUUUCUUGUAAAACAUGUGGGAAAAGUUUUAGUUGUAAUGCUCACCUGAAAGUCCACAUGAGAAACCACACAGGUGAAAAGCCGUAUUCUUAUAAAUCAUGUGGGAAAGAUUUCAGAAGUAGUGAUCAAUUGUCUGUCCACAUGAGAUUCCACACAGAUGUGAAGCCAUAUGAAUGCAACACUUGUGGAAAGAAAUUCUAUCAGAUGUCAGCCAUGAAAAUUCACAAAAAAACUCACAACGAUGAGAAGCUGUAUUCUUGCAAAACAUGUGGGAAAAGUUACACUCAGUGUGGUAGUUUAUUGCACCACAUAAGAACUCACACAGGUGAGAAGCCUUACUUGUGCAGCACCUGUGGGGAAACAUUUACAGAUGCAUCAACACUAAACAAUCACAUAAAAACUCACACAAGCGUAAAGCCGCAUUCUUGUGAAACUUGUGGAAAAACUUUCAGUUUUCGCUCUCAGCUGAAACGUCACAUAAGAAUCCACACAGGUGAGAAGCCCUACCUCUGUAACACGUGUGGGAAAAGAUUUGCGGACUUAUCAACAUUUAAAAAGCAUGUGGCGGUCCAUACAGGUGAGAAGCCAUAUUCUUGCGAAAAAUGUGGAAAAUGUUUCACUCAAAAGAGUAACUUAACUGGCCACAUGAGAACGCACACAGGUGAGAAGCCUUUCUCCUGUAACACCUGUGGAGAAAGAUUUAGUUUCAAUGCAGGGUUAAAAGCUCACAUGAGAAAGCACUUUUUUUUAAAACAUCAAGUCAGCACCGCCGUCUUCCAGCUCAGUCCGGCCGGAUGUAAAGCUCGCGCUGCUGACUCUGUUUACUUCCGCAUUGUGACGUCGCUUCAUGACAGCAGGAGGGGCCGCCUGGUGGUGGAAAACCGGAACUACAGCAAAGCUACACUUUCUGACCCGGGCGGAAGUAGCGCCUGCAGCGUUAGCUUACAGAUGCGUGGAGGCUUUGUUGUCGUAUCACCGAUGAAUAACCCUGUAGAUAGAGUAAGAAUGUCUUCAGCUUUGAGAGAGUUGAUCAGCGAGCGACUAACUGCUGCUGCUGAAGAAAUAUUCUCGGAGUUUGAAAAAACCAUCGUCCAGUACGAGGAAGAGAUCGAUCGUCAGCGCAGAAUGCUGGAUAUCAUCUGGAAACCACAGAUAACGUUACACACGACAGACCUCCCACAGCAAUAUGUGUGUAAGGAGGAGGAGGAGGAGGACCAGCAGCUCUGUAACCAGGAGAAGAACUUCACUGUGAACCAGGAGGACCAAGAGCCUCCACAGAUUAAAGAGGAGCAGGAGGAACUCUGCAGCAGUCAGAAGGAAGAUCAGCUUGCACUGAAUCUGGAGACUGACACCUUUAUGGUAACUCCUACUUUUGAGAAUAGUCAACACAGUGCCGUGGCCCUCUCUCAUUACGCUGCUGUAAAUGAAUCUCCAUGUCAGGGUGGAAGCAAGCUCAUAGACUCAGGAUCAACUGGAAAUGCAAAGCCAAAGCCAGCCAAGAAACAUCACAGAUACAGCAGUCACAGCAACAAGGUAGACGACACUGUUGUAUCCAAGAGUCCGUGUAAAACUGGCACAGAAUGUGAUGUCUGUGGCAGAACUUUUAAAGAUAAAUACCAAAUGAAGAGACAUCACAGAAUCCACACAGGUGUGAAACCGUAUGCUUGCAACUUUUGUGGGAAAAGAUUUCAUCAGCUCUCAUCAGCUAAAUAUCACAUUAGAAUCCACACAGGUGAGAAACCACAUCCUUGUGAAACGUGUGGCAAAAGUUUCAGAACGAGUGAUGCUUUGACCGUCCACAACAGGACUCACACAGGCGAGAAGCCGUAUUCUUGCAAAAUAUGUGGAAGGUGUUUCACUCAAAAUGGUAGUUUGACUGCUCACAUAAGAACUCACACAGGUGAGAAGAUGUAUUCUUGUAGGACAUGUGGGAAAAGUUUCAUUAAAAGUUGGAAUUUAAAUAUGCACAUGAGAACUCACAGGUGAGAAGUCAUUGUCCUGAAAAUACUUGUAAGAACAAUUACCGGUUGAAAGUAUAUAAUUCAGAGUACCCUUAGACUGUGCUUCAGCAACGAUCCUGUUUGUUUAUUGCAUGUCACACUAUAAAAGAUUCGUUGAAUAAAAUCUGGUUUCCAACUGUGUCAGCCUUCAUCAUCAAUUUGAGGCCUGUCCAGUGGUGAGUUACGCUGUGGGUGAUGAAAUUAGAAUUUGUUUUUUUUUCAGCCUGUAUUUGCUUACAUUGUGGAAUGCGCAGUACAGCGAUUUGUUCUUAAGUUAGUUUUUGUCCUUCACCAACUGUCACUGAACUACUCUGACACUGAAGAAAUAUUCAAGAUUCUCAAGCAAGUACUGAUUUGUUCCAACCCAAACUGUUUGAGAGUGAUCUUUCUCUUUUCAUGUGCAAAUUGAUUGUAAAUCAUCUUUAGAAUCUACCAGCAUAGCAGUUGAAUAGUUUGUUUUUCAUGGUAUUUUAUUUUACAAGUUUUCUCUGAAGUGAUGUGUUUUAUGUUUUUAUUUUUUUUGAAAAGUAGAAUGUCAUAAGUUGGAAAAAAGACAAAGCUUGAAGAAAAGAGUAGUAAAAUGUCUACUAAACCAAGAAAUAUGUGGUAGUUUGUUGGUUAUUUGUUUCAUGUUCUGAAUUUACUAAAAUGAUCCUUUUCAUAGAUGUUCUGCGUUUUAAGUGAGUUUCUGUUGGAAAGCAAAACUUGUUUUACAAUAAAAAUAACCACAAUACC